GAUCAAGAGUUCAUCAGUGAAGCUUAUGUUUGUUUCUGUUAAAAAGAUGCAAACAAUCAUACAAAUAUUUGUUUGUUAUAGAUACUAACAGUGUCUCCAAAAAUGGAAAUUCUUGCUCGUAACUUGACGGGAGACUCAGAAGAAACGCAAUAUUGUUUCCCUAACCUGCAAGGAUCCUGCCUACGAAGUCAAAAACUGAUCCUUAUCAAAGUGGCCAUGUAUAUAUGCAUGGCUUUCAUCAUUCUGAUGACUGUCUGUGGGAACCUGUUGGUCAUCAUCUCCAUUUCUCAUUUCAGACAGCUCCAUUCCCCAACAAACCUCAUCAUCCUCUCUUUAGCAUUCAUCGACUGGUUCUUGGGGACUUUCCUUAUGCCAUGUAGCAUGAUCAGAUCUGUAGAAGACUGUUGGUACUUUGGAGAAACAUUUUGUAAGAUACACUCCAGCAUUGACAUCAUGAUGUCCGCUGCAUCGCUCUUGCACCUGGGUCUCAUAUCUGUUGACAGAUAUUUGGCCAUCUGUAAGCCUCUUCAGUACAGGACCUCAGUAACCAUGCACAAGGUAGCAGCCCUUAUUGGAAUCACCUGGAUGUUUUCCUUUGCAUUUGGGUUUGGGGUGAUUCUCUCCAAAGUUAAUCUAGUCGGUGUGGAGGAGUUGUUUAUAAAUUCUUGCACAGGCACCUGUAUUGUGUUUUUUAAUAAAGAAGAGGGGAUGAUGGCUGCUCUUGUGGCAUUCUUCAUUCCAGGCACAGUGAUGAUAGCCCUCUAUAUGAAGAUUUUCUAUGUUGCAAAAGUGCAAGCCAGGAAAAUCAACUGCAACUUGGCAAUGACAAGAGCACAAUGUAAUAAAAAGUGCACGUCUGAACAGACAGAGAGAAAGGCUGCAAAGACCCUGGCCAUUGUACUUGGUGUUUUUCUCUUGUGCUGGCUGCCAUUUUCCAUGAUGCUAAUUGUUGAUCCAUUCUUUGAUUAUUCUACUCCUGCUGUCGUAUUUGAAGCUUUCGGAUGGUUGGGGUACUUUAAUUCUACCUGUAACCCUCUUAUUUAUGGAUUUUUCUAUCCCUGGUUUAAGAGGGUUUUUAAAAUUAUUCUAUCAGGUAAAGUUUUUCAAAAUGGCUCUUCAUUAUUAAAUAUUUAUGAAGAGAGAAAUUGAUGACAAAAGAUCAUUAAAAGUUUCUCA